AGAGAGAGAGAGAGAGAGAGAGAGAGAGCGUCCUUCAGAUAAAACGAAAGCCUCUGCGUUUGUAAUGCGUGAGUGUGCGUAUGUGUGUGUGUUUGUAAUGCGCGAGUGUGUGUGAUAAGGAGGUGGGGGUGAGAGACCCCGUUGUGUUUUGACCCCCUAAACAACUCCCAGUCUCCAUCUCUCUCUCUCUCUCUGGUUUAAAGCUUCAUCGCUCAUUGUGGAGAGACGCAUUUGAGCCCAACGCGUCGCUUCAUGGACGUCGAUAGAGCGGAAAGGACGCGACAUCAUCUCAAACGCGCCGCUAAUGCUGGAUACUCGGCCCGGUCCACGCUACAUUCUUAUUAAGUUCUUGUAGAGAGUGUGUCUUAUCUGCCGCUCUGGUGUGUGUUGUCAUCCGUCAGUGAGUGUGUGAGCUCGGCUUCCGUAUCGCAUGGAGAAGAGGUAUGAGGAGUUGGUGCAGUACCCAGGCUCUGACGCCAUGCCUGUGGGAGACUACAGGGACACCAUGAGGUCACUUCCUCCGCCUCACUAUGGCCACACUGUGCCUGACUCCCUAAAACACCACCGGGACCAGAUCUAUGGUCAUCCUCUGUUUCCACUCCUGGCUCUGGUAUUUGAGAAGUGUGAACUUGCCACCUGCUCACCACGAGACUCGAUGUCAAACUCCGCCCCUCCCGGCAUGACCAAUCACAGUGACGUCUGCUCCUCUGAAUCGUUCAAUGAUGAUAUUGCGGCCUUUGCCAAACAAAUUCGAUCAGAGAAACCUAUCUUUUCAUCAAAUCCAGAACUGGACAAUCUGAUGAUCCAGGCCAUUCAAGUUCUACGGUUUCAUCUAUUAGAGCUAGAAAAGGUUCAUGACCUCUGUGAUAAUUUCUGCCAUCGGUACAUAACCUGUCUAAAAGGCAAGAUGCCCACUGAUUUGGUGCUGGAGGACCGGGAGGGUGGAUCAAAAUCUGACAUGGAAGAUUUCACUGGCUCCUGCACCAAUCUGUCAGAACAAAACCAGUCUUGGUUGCGAGAUCCCGAUGACUGUGUGUCAACCCCCUCGGGCACCCCCAGUGCCUCCUGUGGCCUCACCUCACACAGUGCAGAGAACUGCAGCGAUGCUGGUGAUGGCUUGGACGGAAGCGUGGCAUCUCCUAGCACAGGAGAAGAAGAUGAAACAGAUAGAGAUAGACGAAACAACAAGAAAAGAGGAAUCUUUCCCAAAGUUGCAACAAACAUUAUGAGAGCUUGGCUCUUCCAGCACCUGUCGCAUCCGUACCCAUCUGAAGAACAGAAGAAGCAGCUCUCUCAAGACACGGGUCUCACUAUACUGCAGGUCAAUAACUGGUUUAUAAAUGCCAGACGCAGAAUAGUACAGCCAAUGAUUGACCAAUCAAAUCGCUCAGGCCAGAGUGCUCCAUACAGUCCUGAGGGGGCGGCUCUAGGAGGAUAUGGGUUAGAUGCACAAUCUCAUUUAGGUCUUAGGACAGCAGGACUUCAGGGAAUGCCGUCCCUGCCCACAGAUUACCCCGGGGCCCUUCUGACCCAGCCGGGAUACUCCCACGCUGGCCCGUCCUUGCACCCGUACCCCGGCCCCCACACUGCCAUGCUGCUCCAUCCGCCACCCCACAGCCACCCUGCCGAACCCCUCAUAGGACAAGGCCUUGACAUCCAUGCCCACUAACUUGAGAGCGGAGCAGGGGAGGGUGCGCUGAAAAUGGGAUGGAAGGGUACAUUGUAAAUUGACUUUGCAGUACCACAGCCCAUCACUCUCACCAAACCUUCAGGGCAUCACCGCUGUCAACACAUAAUGACUCUGAGAAUGUCUUAAAUGCACUGACCUGGCAUCAUAAAUGUAUCAAAAUGUCCAUUUUAUGCACUCAGCUCCCAUGCAAUGCCCAUCUCAAAUGCCUGACAGACUUGUUACAUUCCUUAACCAUUUAUUGCUAUCUGAUCUCCUCAUGACAAUGCUCUGAAUGCACUGUACUUAAUACAUCUAUCUACUAGUUUUUAUGCACACUGCUGCGUUUGAUUGAUAUACCCACGUCUUCCUAUGGCCUUAGGGGUGAGCUGAAAUCUCCCUUAAUCUAACAUUAAGGCCUUCAUUGCCUUUCUUGCCUUGCCUCCGAAAACCCUCUCGAGGAGCACAAACGGAAAAACACAGCAUAUACCUCCUCAGUCAGGACCCAACAUGUCAGAAAGUCCUGAAACAGUCUUCUUAGAUGAACAGUCGCACCAAAUCCUUACAACCUUAGGCUGAACAUGGUUAAUAAAAUGUAAGGUGAAGCUCAUGAAGCCACGUCACGUUUCACCCCAAAAUCAAAAGGCAUUUUGCACAAGAAACCUAUUUAUAGUAGAGAAUUAGGAAUCAUUUUGCAUUGUGAUGUAAUUUCCUUCAAUUGAAUUUCCACAAAAAUCUUGUUGCUGUAAUGCAUCAGGAAAUGUGUGAUGUUGUUUUUUAAUUCCUGUUAUAAAAGUAAUUCACAUUAGUUUGAAUAUUACAGUAAUACAGUAAAAACUUGCUUUUCUUGGAAUAAAAAUAUCACUCUUAUUUUGAUUUUGGGGUGAAACAGAGAGAUUUUUUUGAUUCACCUGUAAAGAGCCAAGAGUCUCUGUCUUCCUAGCUGAGCGCCAUGUACACUUCUUUCAGUUGUUCUGCUAAGUCAGUCUCACUUUUUGUUUAACACAUUAUUUAAUUUAAUUUUUGUUAUUGUUUUGUAUUUAUCUGUGUUACAAUAAUCCGAGUGCCACGUUUUUUUUUUUUAAAUAUCUCGAUUUGAUAAAAAAGUGAAUAUGUUCUUCAGUUAUUUGAAGUUUAUGUGAAUGUUUACCUGCUGAGGUCCCGACAGGCACAUUUUUGGUUUGCUCUAAAGGACCUGACUCACAUUACCAUCAAUAUUUCACCCAAUUUAGUCACAGUACCAAUGUAUUAAUGAAUACCAGGAUAUCUGACAAUACCUUUUAGAGAUUUGCUUGACUUCAAUCUUGGAAACCUGAGCUCUUUUUUGUCAUUCCCUGUCUGCAUUAAAACAUAUUAUGUGACUGUUGAUAUAUUGAUAUUUCUGUUGAUAUGCAAAAUAUAUUGUUCAAGGACUGACGCAACGUUUCUUUUGACCAUUAAAUAAUAUAGGAAUUAAAAGUAAAUUUAACUAAUGACCAGUGCAUAUUUAAUCAGACACAUUUCUCAAUCCAGAAAUAUUAAUAAAGCACAACAAACCCACUCCACAAAUGUAAAAGCAAGAUUUUCCUGGCGAAAGUUUUUGGAAUCUAGUCAUUGAGAAUUGUUUGACUUAAAAUUAUUUAAUCAGAAAGUUUGAAAGAAACUAAAAAGAGAAUUUGAAGCAAAAUUCCAAGGUAAUUGAAUCAAAUCACCACUGCUUAUUUGUUGUUUUUGGCAUUUUGGGGGCAAUUUUUAUCUGUCGUAUCUUUUUGUUUAAAAUGCAUAAAAAUACUGAAAUAAACUUCAGACAAAAGUAAAAUAAAUAAACAUUUCUACA